AUGGCGGACAGCGGGGUGGAAACGGAUCUUUUGUCCGAAAUACAGAACGCUUUUCUCAGCGAAAAACAAAAUCUUGUAGUUCAAAACGUUGGAACUCAAUAUGAUCCAGUCGAAGUUUGUCUGGACAGAAGUGUGGCCGAAACAGUCAAUCAUGUCUUCAAACACAAGGUAAGAGAAACGGACCAACGCUCUCGGGUACAGUUUGUACCUUUAUGUUCCGGAUGAUACGAGUUUUGUAGCUUAAUUAUUGCGCCUGGCUUUGAACCAAUCGCACGUUUACACUGUCGUGCUGCAAAAUUUUUUAUUUUUUUUAAUUUAAAAAGUAUUUUGAUUGCCCAUUUUUUAGUUUUAAACUUUGACUCGUUGAAAUUCCCGGCUACGACCAACGUAGGUUCGUUGCUUUAUCAGUAAUCAUGUGAUGUUGCUUGAGGGAUUAAUUUCACUCGGGAAUUUCUCAUUUUCAUGCCUGUUAGUACCUUUAGAGUCAUUUGAGAUAAGGCAUCAAAACCCCAGUGAAGUGAAUGUGAUUUGAUGUUUGGGUGAUUGGCAUACAUUGCACGAUUAUUUCUUUAGGACUCGAUGUAUAUUUGAGUCAGUCAGUUGCAUCAUUAAGGUUUGUGAAGGACCCUCAACCAACUGUGAUAAAUCGCAUUUUUCCCCAUACUCUUUUUUUUAUGAAGAUGGGGAGAGAUGUCAUACCUGAAACUCAACACUAAUUUGGAUUUUUGUCAGAAUUAGUAGUUAUUUAUUACUGGUUGCAGGUACCAGUUUUGAAGAGAGUUUUUCUCCAAACAACAAAGAUAUUCGUGAGAUAUUUUGUUCCUGGUGCCAUUCUUUGAGAUUGGAACAUGAUGCCUUAUAUCAUAAAAAUUCUUAGCCCUUUCAUUUCCAAAAUCUCAUUAGUUUAUCUCCUCACUGUCUGCCAUAAAAUUCUUAAUGAGUUAGUUUGAAGAAUUCUGUAUUAGAUCAAUUAAUAAUCCUCUUCUUUAUAUUUUUGUUUAUCCCCAUCACUUCUCUGCUUGAUAUAAUACUGAUAUUAUAAGGAGAAAUUCUGUUUUGGUCACUCAGGGGACUGUUAAAAGGUUCAGCGUGAUUUGAUUUUAUGUUGGAUAUAUUGAAAUUUGAAUGAGUAAGUGUGUUUUAGAUGUUAAGGAUAAAAGACAUACUUUAUUAAUAUUUCAGGUCAAUGAAGUUAAACCAGUAACAAACCAAAGGGCAUCUGGACGAUGCUGGAUAUUUGCAUUUUUGAAUGCAAUUCGCCAAAAAUUUGUGCAACACUUUAACCUGGAAGACUUUGAGUUUAGUCAACAGUUUCUCUACUUCUGGGACAGAAUUGAAAGGUCAUAUUUUUUCAUAAAUACUUAUGAAGAACUGGCUCGCAAAGGGGAAGAACCUGAUGGGCGAUUGAUGAUGUUUCUUUUAUCCAACCCUUUAAAUGACGGUGGUCAGUGGGACAUGCUUAUCAACCUGGUGGAAAAGUAUGGCCUGGUGCCAAAGGUAGUCUGGCCUGAAGCAUUUACAUCUAACAGGUCCAUGCGAUUGAGGAGGAUAAUCAAUCACAAGGUAUGCUAUAAAAAACACAAAACUAUGGUAUGAUCUCAAAGUUUGAAAUCACGAACCCCACUUUUUCUAUGAAUUCAACAUAUUAAUGAUAUAGCAGAGACAAAAAUGAAUUCAAGCCAGGGGGUGUUGAGGAAAUUUGGCAAGGGUUCCAGAUACAGAAACAUCUUGAAGGGUCUUUCUUUCCCCAGCUUCAUUUGAAUUGAAUAUUAAAACUGAAUUUGUCCAUUGCCAUGGACUGAUCUUGCCCACUUGAGCUACUGACAUCUGUACAGUCAUGUAAGAACAGCUAGAGAUGCAUUGAAAUCAUUAGGAAUUGAGACGAAAUAGGGAGUUGUUGCAUAUAAUCGGCCCAUUCCAUGCAGUAGUUAAGUAAUUUCAUAUAACUGAAAGUCACAAUGCAUAUGGAAGACAGUGUCAAAUUGAGGGUGCUAAGAAGAUGUUUCACAUGACAUGCACCACAUUAGUUAUAAAAGGACAAUGAUGUUGAAGUUUUUUCCUGAUUCACAUGGAACAAUAUCAUACAUACAAUCACAAUGACUUCCCACAUUAGCUGAUAGACUCAGCAUUCACUCUGUGAAAAUAAUCUCUUGUGAGAAUCCAAAUGAUGAACUAAGAAAAAAUAAUGAAACAGCCACAAGAAAUGUAUACAAAAUGUUUCCUUCACUGUCAUGCCUUGGUAGAUGAUAAAAUCUUAUCUUUCCACCAUCCUGGUAUCAAGCUUGCCCAUGACUUAAUGUUGUCUUUGCAGCUGCGAGAAUAUGCUGUGCAGCUUAAAGAACUGGUGGACAAGAAAUGCAAUGAAGAGGAAAUGAAACAAGCUAAGAAGAAAAUGAUGACAGAGGUGAAAUAAGUCAUUUCUGUCUUGUCCUAGUUUACACCUUUGAGCUUCUUUUGAUCAGAUUCUCUCCAGGUUGAUGUUGAUAAUAAAGAUGCAGUGAUUAUUGAUGUACCACAAGGACAGAGAUUCUAAUGGAAAGUUCUACUUAUUUUGCUUAUUACAUUUUUUUUUUUACAAUCUUAGGUAUAUAGGAUAACAAGCAUAUGCCUUGGCACUCCACCCAAGACUUUUGAGUGGGAGUAUAUUGACAAAAGUAAAAAAUAUUGCAAGCUUUCAGGAUUAACUCCGCUUCAAUUUUACAAUGAGCAUGUCAAACCAGUUUACAACCCACUUGACAAGGUAUGCAAUGCACUUGUAUAUGGACAAUGAUAUGUUUAGCUCUUCCGAUUGAUCACCCCUGAAUCACAUAGUAAGGUCAAGAGAAUGAAGAAAAUGAUCACCAACUAAAGAUGCUUUAGAUUGUAAAACAAAUUCUCCUCAUCAGCACCUUCAGAAAUGUAUAGAGAACAGUAUGGAGAAUAUGCAUGCUGAUGUUAAGGUGUAAAGGGUUAAUUGCUAUACAGUCCAGUUUAAAUGAAUCAUGUUCUGUGAUAGAGCUUCUAGGUUACAGGCUGGUUAACCUAAGCUUAUUGUUUAUUUAAUUGUUAUAAUUCAGAUCUUCAUUAUUGAUUCUUAGCUUUUGAUAGCAAAUCAGUGUUUAUCACCAUUUUGUUUUCUUCUUUAAUAAACCAAUGUCUUUUAUGAUUAUAAAAUUGGAAAGAUUACUUUCUACUGAAGAUUUUACCCCAGACCCUAACAAUGCAACAGGAGAUAUACUGGCCCUAAUGUUAGCAAAUGAACUUAACCCUUUAACCCUCAUAUCAAAUUUGUUAUUCUCCUUACUGUCAACCAUACAAUCUUGUUAUGUUAGUUCAGAGAAUUUAGUAUUAAAUCAACUAAUUAUCCCCAAAUUGAUAUUUUCCUUUAUUCUCAUCACUUAUCUGGUUGAUAUUGUAUUGAUAUUGUCGGGAGAAAUUCUGUCUUGGUCACUCGGUCACUCGUGAGAGUUAAAGGGUUAAAAGAGAACCAGUCGAGAAAGGAUUUCACCGAUUGAAAAUGACCAAAUUGGAAAAAUUGUACAACAUUUUGUCAUGAUGAAUAGAACGUGCUAAUUUAGUUCCUUCAAGAUAACCCUCACUGACCCUUCAGAGAUCUUACCAAUAUUGUAGGCUUUAACCACUAGGUGAUUUGAUCUUUGUUACAUACAUGUAUUACAGGUGUGCCUAGUGAACGACCCUCGAAAUCCUUACAGCAAACUGCUGACAGUAGAGUACCUCAGUAAUAUGGUGAAUGGACGGCGUGUCUUAUACAAUAAUCAACCUGUGGAAGUUCUCAAGAAGUUGACAGCUGCGUCUCUUAGGGACAACGAGGUAAGGGAUAUGAUAUGUUUCCUUCUCCAAAUGCAGAAGACAAGUGCUGCCUCUUGUUGCCACUGUUGGUGUAUUUACAGGCCCUUUUUGAGUUUUGGUGUUUUUUUUCCCUUGUAAUGAACUAGUUGGCUAACACAUAAUCUUGUUACGAGUGUGCUAUCAACCAAUCUUAAAGUGGGCUGUGAGAUAGUUUACUCACUCUGGUUGGCAGACAGAACUCAGUAUUUAUUUCAGUUUCCCCCCUUGCAAGGCCAGUUAUUAAUUUAGAAAAGUAGUUAUUUCCUUGAUGUACAGUGUAUUAAGUAUGCUGUUUGAUUCUUUACCAUGAGAAGAUGUUUGGUUAAAUUGGUAUGCCAGAGCGAACAGCCUUGUUGCAAAAAAGACUGAUUAAAAGAAAAAAAAUGGACUAAAUGGCAAAAUGUUUCCCAGGUUGUGAGCAGUCACCAAUUGACUAUUAGAGGUUUUUUUUCGUGAGCUGUUGUCACACAUGAAGAACAACAUGACUGCUAUCAAAAUAUUGUGGUCAAUGGCAGUCAAUUUUCUGUUGGUUUGGGAACCAGCUAUUUUUUUUUUAUUUUUAAUUACCAGUUUUGUACUUUUUUAUUUGGAACUCCUAAAGCACUGUGCACGUAAAGGUAUAUUUAAAAUAGUUUGUAGAGCAUUGGCAAACACAACUUUCCAGUAAAUCUCAUUGUCUUUUUGAAGAAAUUAACUAGUACUUUGUCUUUUCUUCAGGCAGUUUGGUUUGGAUGUGAUGUUGACAAACAUUUUGAAAGAAAGAUCGGAGCACUUCAUUUGGACAUGUGAGUUUACAACAUUGCUUUUAUAUUCACUUCUCUAUCCGCAGUUCACAUGUAUGAUUUUCAUAUAAUCUCAGUUAUUUAUUUAUCACUUCAUGGGUUUAUUGUUGGCUUGUUGGCUCAGUUGGUAGAGCACUGCGCCGGUAUCGUAGAGGUCAUGUGUUCAAAUCCCGUACAAGCCUGAAUUUUUUUCAGGCCUUAUUUCCAUUACUGCUCAAGUAGUGUUCAUUACUGCGAAUAUCGCUUUCGUAUUCACUUCUUUAUCUGCGGUUCACUUAAUUGAUUUCCAUAUAUUCAAAGUUAUUAGUGACAUUCUUUUUUAGAAAGUUUGUUUUUAUGGCGUUAGAAAGUAAAACGACAUGUUUCAUACAUAGAAAGAUAAAUAAAUUAAGAAAGUUUAUCAAUAAGUUGAUUUUUUUUCUAUUCGUUGUUACACGGUUUCUGUCACUUUCUCUGUCUCUAGAAGCUCGACACCAUAAUAUUAUAUUUCCUGUUUUUUUCCUCUGCAGUCAUAGUUAUGAGUUGACAUUUGGCAUUUCCAUGAAGUAUUUAAACAAAGCUCAGCGUUUGCUGUAUGGUGGAUCGCUCAUGACCCAUGCUAUGGUGUUCACUGGAUUUUCCUGGGAGGUGAGGAUUGUCUGUUCCAGGCUUUCAGUUAGAAAAACGGCCGCGCGAUAGCAAACAACGGGACAGUAUCGAUGGAGCGAAAAAACACGGUGGUGCUGGGUCGGAUCAUGUGACGUUCGUCACUCGACCUGACCCGAAUCACAUUCGUCUUUUUUUCUCCGUCGCUACUAUAACACUCCGUUUUACUUCCUAAACAUCUGAACCAUGCAACGGUGAGGAGCAAAACAAGGAUGCAGUGAACUCUAUGUGCAAAACUGUUCUUGGACUUUUAAUCCUCUCUUUGCCUCACAUCGACAAAGUGUUGAAAUGUGUGGAGAGAAGGAAAGCUCACAAAAGUGACCAUGGUAAUUUUAUUUUUUUAAAGCAGCAUGGUGUACUUUCAAGAGAAGAGGUAGAAGAGACAUUGUAUGGAAGAAAUGAUAAGGAUAGAGAAAUAGGGUAAAAAGUUUGCGUGGGAAAACACUUGCUCUCAAUUAAGACUGAAAAAUCUGAAAAAUGAACUACAAGAAGUCUUGGAGGAAUAUGAUCGCCUUUUACAAUUUGUUCUUUCCUUGGAUUUUCAGGAAAACACCAAAACUACAGACACUGAAGAUCAUUCAAAACCAGUAGAGGAAGGUGCUGCAGUGGACAUUAAAACCAUGAAAUGGCGUGUGGAGAAUUCCUGGGGUGAUGAGAAAGACAAGCCAGGCUACCUUAUGAUGACGGACAGCUGGUACUCAGAAUAUGUCUAUGAGGUUGUUAUAGACAAGAAAUAUGUUCCGGAUGAUGUGUUGGGUGUCCUGCAACAGGAACCAAUAGUGCUGCCUGCUUGGGAUCCAAUGGGGUCCCUGGCGUGUGUUUCGUGUGACAAUGAGGUACAAAUAUCUCAUUUGUAAUAAUUAGUCAUGAUCUCUUGUAUUGAUAAUUUUGCAUGGCUCGUUUUCAUGGUAUUUAGCAAAUAUGUAUCUUAUUUGUGAUAAUUAGAUAAUUCACUAUUAUUCUUAUUGAUAAUAUUGUAAUGCACGUUUUUAUGAUAUGCAGCAAAUGUUGAGUGGAUAGAGGGUGAUCUCAUAAUUCUUUUCCUGGGCGUUCCGGCUGACAAUUACAUGCCAAGUAUUUGAUCGAAUAAGCGCCCACGCUCUAGUAAGCGCCCUUCACGGAACAAGCGCCCACCCCUCGGGCUAUAAUGUCAAAUAAGCGCCCCCCUCCCCCUCCUCCCUCACUUUCUUUAAAAAAAAGUAGGGAUUCAAGAAUAUCUAGCCAUGAAAAUUCAAGAAGGAAAGUAGCUUGGAAGGCAAGUUUUAACUUUUUUUGUCGAGAUAACAAAAUAAAGGUAAACAAGUUUACAUUUCAGAACUUUGCGUCACGGACUUUUGCACUGAGUUCAGGUGGUGCUAGACCAAACAACUUCAACAUUCUUCGAGAUAAAUAGCUCCUUGGUACUGGAAAAAAAAACUGCUUCAGAUUUUGACAAUUUGGUUUUUGGAGAACCCUUGCCAUUUAUUAAAAUAUUGUUUUUAACAAGUAUUGUAAAAUUACUAAUUGUCACGUCAUUUUAUGUUUUCUCUCCCGGUGAAAAUUGUGUUUAAAAUAUUAUUACCGUAAGGAAUACAUGUUGUUCUUUCAGACGGUAAAAAAUAAGAGAUCAAUAAGAAAAGAUGUAAGUACCAGACCUGCAAUGUAGAUGGUAAUAUCGGAUGAAAAAGGAGAAUUAUAGUGACGCAGGUGACCCAAGCAUUUUUGCGAAACAUGGUGGCCUUUGACUCGAUUUAACCGAUAUCGAAGUCGUUCGGAACCAAAUUCAGACAAACCUACGGCUCUCAGCCUAUAUCAGAGUUUUUUAGUUAAAAAAAAAAAAAAAAAAAAAAAAAAACAGCUUUCUUGUGAGAACCAGAUGUUGACAAUGAAUGCAUUGUUAGGGAUUGAGUAAUUGGCAUGCUGACUGCAGUAAUAAAACUGGAAAAAAUGAUUACUUUUUAAGCACAUACUCGGGUGGAUUUGUAAUUACUUAUAGUUUUACCUGAUUGCAGUUUAGGCUGUGGGAUGUCUAUCUUUUUUUUAUCUUUUAUACAAUUUUUUCCUGAUUGAAUUUUCUACCCUUGGUGAUGAAAAUUGUAUUUAUUUGAUUAUGUUAUAUGACUGAUAAUUGACGGUUGUAGCUACAAGCUAUCGUGAGCAAGGAUCCUCUAAGGUAGAUCUGUAGGGGGCCAUGAAAUCGUCAUUUCUGCCCCUGUCGUUUAACAGUUGGUAAUCAUGGACUGUCAUUGUACCAACGCUGGUACCCAUAAGCUCCCAGCUCGG